CUGCCGUUCGUCUACUGCGACCAGGAGUGGACGUAAGUUGAAAUGACGAAAGCUAAAGCUCAAAGCUCAAAGAUGAUCCAUUGGAACAAGAUUGCAGCGCAAGUGCUUAUCACGAUGGGUUCUCUACCCACACAUGAGCUAUAGUCAGAUACGGAAUUCGAAGAUGACGGCUGGAUCUCCUCUCUGUCCGGAAUCCAUAAGUGUCCAUGAUCGGAGCAGCUUACUAUUAACAAAUUGUCUUCACUGCCCAACAGUGAAAAGGAAAGCUGCUCUGAAUUCUGGCUGGGGCAUUCAAGCAAAAGAUUGUUCGCUACAAUGCCCAGUCUGUAAGAUCUGACUUCCGAGAGACUCGAACACGGUCUGUACCGAAUGCGCCAUGUUACAGAGGGCAAUACCUCGAAACACGAAUCGACUCUACCUCUGCUGACAGAUGAUGAAUUCUCACGACUUGUCCUGUAGUUCGUGCGUGAUCCAGCGGAAGGAGUGACCAUCAAUGGCCGCAACUACUCCCACGCGACCCAGUUUUCCUUCAAUCGACUUUUCACAGAGUUUGAUGAUGACGAUGGUGUCCAGGUGACUACGAAAGCCUUGGCAGCUUAGAUUGUGGAUGAAUGUCAACGACUGUCAGUCUUCGAACUUUCACCAUCCUUAAUGACGACAUCAGACUAUGGAAUUAUGGACUUCGUAUUCAGUUGACAUUACAGUACUCGAGAUCAUGAUUUGCAAAUUACUUUAGGUGGCCCUGUGACCCUGCCACUCGGGUGUCAUCGCACACUGGAAGAUUUAAAUCUAAUGACCAUUCGGAGGCGAGCGAGGCUCCACACGUAGCACCAUUACGCUCAUUUCAAUAUCACAUUCCAUGAUAUUGACAUUCCGUGAUCCAUCAGGAUUCACGGAAUGUGAUAAUAGGAAGGACUGAUAAACUCUUCUGAGCACUUGUAAGUAGCUUAAGGGGCAAUGGCCCCUGAAGCUCGCCGGAGCAGGUCAUGAAAAUAAUUCCGCAUGUUGUCGGAAAUGACCUCCUCCGUAGUACUGUACGUGUUUUGUGAAAUUGUUAUCAGUGUGAGUGCACGUCUGUAUCUCAUUUUUUUAUCGCAAGUCUCGUUCUUGAAUCAAGUUGACAUAGCGAAUUGUCUCAGAUAGGGUUGCAUGCGUUGCAAUUUACGCGAUAGCAAUCACGAGGACGUAUGUAUACUAUUGUAUUUUAUAAUUAUAAAAUGUAUAUACAAA